GUAAUAAAAGCAUUUGCGCUGACGGCCAUAUUACAAAAGUCGACGUUCAAAUAAUUCUUUAUGUUUUAAACAAUCGUUAUAGUUUAAUAGAUGGUCAGUUAUAAAUUUAGCGUUUAUCUAUUGUUAUUUGUUACUUGUUAGUUAGUAUUAUUUUAAGUAGGAUUUAGUGAGUGAUAUUUGUGAAUUACUCGAAACACAUACCUAUAUAAACUCAGAAUAAUGGGAACUCGAGAUGACGAAUACGAUUAUUUGUUCAAAGUGGUGCUAAUAGGAGACUCGGGUGUAGGAAAAAGUAAUUUGCUUUCUCGCUUCACUAGAAAUGAAUUUAAUCUUGAGAGUAAAUCCACAAUUGGAGUUGAGUUUGCAACGAGGAGUAUACAGGUUGAUGGUAAAACAAUUAAGGCGCAAAUAUGGGAUACUGCUGGCCAAGAAAGGUAUAGAGCUAUAACAUCCGCCUAUUAUAGAGGAGCUGUUGGUGCUCUCUUAGUUUAUGACAUUGCAAAGCACCCAACUUAUGAAAAUGUAGAACGUUGGUUACGAGAGCUAAGAGAUCAUGCUGAUCAGAAUAUAGUGAUAAUGCUUGUGGGAAACAAAUCUGAUCUGAGACAUUUGAGGGCUGUGCCUACAGAUGAAGCGAAGGUGUUUGCUGAACGAAAUGGUUUGAGUUUCAUAGAAACCUCAGCUCUUGAUUCUACUAAUGUGGAAACAGCCUUUCAAAAUAUCCUUACAGAGAUCUACAGAAUUGUUUCCCAGAAGCAAAUACGUGAUCCUCCAGAGGGUGAUGUUAUCAGGCCACAAAAUGUAGAGCCAAUUGAUGUUAAACCUACUGUCAAUCCGGACAGUGUCCGCAAGCAAUGCUGCCAAUAACCAAAUAUCUAUAGUAUUCAUGGCUAUUGGAUAAAUGGGGAGAGUUUGGCAUAUCUCGUCUGUGAGUGACCACAUAUCUCACAUAAUUCAUAAUUUAUGUGUAUAUUGUGGACGCAAAAUAAAUAGUUACAAUGAAUGUUCAUAACAGACUUAUUUUCUUCCGAAUAUCAUCUGGACAAUAUU